GACAUCGCAGGGCGCCUGCGCGAAGGGGCACGCAUGCGCAGAGGGCCGAGUCCGCUGACAGAUUCUCGGUGGCGGCGGCAGCGGCGGCGGCCCUGGACUGCGGGGAAUGGGACUGCUAGGUUUCUGACUGAGCACCGCCCCCGCCUCCCUGCCCCCGACAUGGCUCAGGAGAAGAUGGAGCUAGACCUGGAGCUGCCUCCGGGUACGGGCGGGAGCCCGGCGGAGGGCGGCGGCAGUGGCGGCGGCGGGGGCCUCAGGAGGUCUAACAGCGCCCCCCUGAUCCACGGCCUCAGUGACACUUCGCCGGUGUUCCAGGCCGAGGCGCCGAGCGCCAGGCGGAACAGCACGACGUUCCCGAGCCGCCACGGCCUGCUGCUGCCGGCCUCCCCCGUCCGCAUGCACAGCAGCCGCUUGCACCAGAUCAAACAGGAGGAGGGCAUGGACUUGAUCAACCGAGAGACGGUCCACGAGCGCGAGGUGCAGAACGCAAUGCAGAUAAGCCACUCCUGGGAGGAAAGUUUCAGCCUGAGUGACAACGAUGUGGAGAAAUCCGCCUCGCCGAAGCGCAUCGAUUUCAUUCCGGUGUCACCAGCGCCGUCACCCACCCGGGGAAUUGGGAAGCAGUGUUUUUCACCAUCCUUGCAAAGUUUUGUGAGUAGCAAUGGAUUGCCUCCAAGUCCUAUUCCCAGUCCAACAACCCGAUUUACUACUCGGAGAAGCCAGAGUCCCAUUAAUUGCAUUAGACCAAGUGUUCUUGGACCAUUGAAAAGAAAAUGUGAAAUGGAAACUGAAUAUCAGCCAAAGAGAUUUUUCCAGGGCAUCACCAACAUGCUUUCUUCUGACGUUGCACAGCUGUCAGAUCCUGGUGUGUGUGUAUCUUCAGAUACCCUUGAUGGAAACAGCAGCAGUGCCGGAUCUUCUUGUAACUCACCAGCGAAAGUCAGCACUACCACCGACUCUCCUGUGUCGCCUGCCCAAGCGGCCUCUCCAUUUAUUCCAGUAGAUGAACUUUCGUCUAAGUGAUUUCGCCCACCCAUCCUGUGACUCUGUUGCUUUUGCAAUGGAGAGAAAAAUCAAGUUGGAGCAAGCACUGAACUUUGUCGAUUAAUUUGAGGCUAUUUCCUAUUUUACCCUUUUCCUUUUUUGGAAUUUCCUGAAAUGUUGUUGUUCUAGAGAACUUUUAUGUCAGGUUCCUGCGGAUGCCCUUGAAUUCAGUGUAGUAAUAUUUUCAGACAUUUUCCCAAUAAGUGUGUUAAAGCAUACAUCUUUACGCUGCUAAUGUGUCUAAAUACAUAUGUUAUCCCUUGAUUUUUUAAAAUAAUUGAGAGCUCUAUUUAUUUAUGGGAUUAUUAAGUUCUGAUGCAAGUAUAAAUGUUGAAUUAAUCAGCAUAGUAAACUGAUGUUUUAAAAUUCCGUACUUCAUGCCCACACUAAUUUUUAAUGUUAUCAGUGAUUGCUAAUUUCUAUUUGAUAAAGAACAAUAACCUAUUUACAGCCAUUUUUAAAAUAUGUUAGUUAUAACAUAUCAAUCCAGUAGUUGGCUAUUUUACCCACGAGAUCUUGGAUGUUUAAUUUUCUGGGUACAGAAGUGGAUGGGAGGGGAAAAGAUAACAGAAUAUAAAAGUUUGCAACAAAUCUUUUAAAAUUAAAUAUAUAAAAGUAAACGUAUUUAAGGAAAACAUUUUCUAAUGAAAUUUUAAUAGUAAUUCUAAUAAGUUGUACAAAUAUAACUACUAUACAGACAAUGAAAAAAAAUUUUUUUUUUU